CGGGGCAGCGGCGCACUGCGGAGAGGCAGCCGCCAGGGGGCAGUGCCGAGCCGGGAGAGGCGCGGGAGAGCGGUCCCGGCGCCGACUCCUCUCUCCAUCCUUCCUUCCCUCCUUCCCUCUUUCCCUUUCCUCCCUCCUUCUCUCCCUCAUUCCCACCCUCCGUCCGCCCCUCCGGGCGGCGGCAGGCCGGCCGGGCGGCGGCUCGGCGGAGCAACAGGGCUGUGCCCAGGAGAGCCCCUGCGGCUCGGGCGCGGUUGGUAGCUGCAGCUUUAAAAAACAGCGGUAUCCGCCGUGAAGUAGCGAGCUGCUUUCUCCUCUUGGUGGGGCUUUAGAUUUGGGUUUGGGGGUUUGUUUUUUCUUCGCUUUUGUUGCUUAUGGGUUUUGUUGUUUGGGGGGUUUUGUCAGCAUUACCAAAACCCGGCACAAGUGGAUGCUGCGGGCGGUGCUGGCUGAGCCGCUGCCGUCUGGACGUGUCUGAGGGAGAAACUGCACGAGGAGACACCCGUCCUCCCAUCAGUGGAAGCAGGCUUGGUACACGGAUUACUGAGCACUGAUUUGCAAACCUGCCGCAAAAACUGUGCUUUAAAGAGCAGUGAUCGCGCUCAUCCAUUCAUUCUGUCUCACACACACCAACACACACACACAGAGCCUUCGUUUUCUUUUCCUUUUGGAACAAGAACCUUGCUUGCCUUGUUGCAAAUGCCUGGGCGAGCAGCAGUGCCUGUGGUUGUGCAGGGUGCCCCCAGCUUAAGCUGCCUCACUGGCUCACUCCUGGCGCUCUUGUUACACCCGGAAAGAAGGGAGAGAAAGAACUCGUCAACCUGUGGUGCUGACUGACCAUACACCUGCAAAUGUAGAUCAGUUGGCAUAGCCCCCUCCUCAGGACUGCUGUCACCAGAUCCUUACACUAGCAAGAACAGCAGUGCUAUUUCUCUGCCUAGGAACAGUUAAGUGCUUCUUCUGCAUGACCAUAACCAAAGGGUGACCCAUCCACUCCCUUAUGUCCUAUGGGACCUCAGAGCCAGUUUCUCAGUCUUCAUCUCCUCCUCCUCCUCUUACCACUGCUGCUGAUGCCCUGGGUGCUGCUCCCAGGUUUGAGACAUUGUUGACAGGCUGAAGACAGGAAUUGCAAAGACCUCCUCACUGUGUGAAUAAAGUGAUGGCUGGAAUUAACUUCAACUCCCCAAGUAAUGGUAUUAAAUAAUAAGGUUGCUAGGCCAAGGCAUUAACAGGAGCAUAUUAGGAGGAAAGAGACUAUUUGCAUUUGGUUGCAAUGAAUGAGCUGAGACCGUCUGUGGAGAGCAGGUACCCUUUGAUUUGCAUAAUUUUAUCCUCAUGAAUGCAGUCUUUGUAGCCUGCACGGUAGUCAUGAUUCUGAUCAAAUCUGUGAUUGCUACAGGAGAUAAAGGAAAAUAAAGGGUCUUGGUGGACAAAAAAACACCCAAGGGCAUCAGCUGUUUCCUGGUUCAAUUUUGAGAGUUUCGUCUAUUCUUAUGAGCAAAACAGUGGUUUGUGUCAAACGUUCUGGGUGUUAACAACAUGUAAAUCUGUGGUUUUCCAAAGCAUAGAUUCAGUGUUGCCCCGCUCUGUGUCCAGGGGACUGUCCUCCAAAUGCAAAUGGCUUUGAACUUUCUAAUGAAAGUUAUGGCUACACUGUAAAUAAACCAAACCCUUUUCGCAUUAAGCAAUUGAAAACAAACAAAACCAGUUUGCAAAAGCAGUUGCAAAAUGGAGGUUGCAAUGGUGAGUGCAGACAGCUCUGGGUGCAACAGCCACAUGCCCUAUGGGUACGCGGUCCAAGCUCGGGCCCGCGAGAGAGAGCGCUUGGCACAGUCAAGAGCCGCAGCGGCUGCAGCUGUAGCAGCAGCAACAGCAGCAGCAGAAGGUGGGGCAACAGGCGGAGGUGGACCGUAUCACCACUACCAUCAGGAACAGAGUCGAAGUGCAUCCUCCUCUCAUGGCGGGAAUGCAUCACGCAGCAGCAUGCCCCACCGCCAGAGUGGCAAGAGGCUGAAGAAAGGGAAAAAGAGGAGCCACCAUUUGGGCAGUAGGGAGUGUGGGGCCUCCUUCCCCUGUUCUGAGCUGCUGCCUCUCAGUGGUUCUGAAGAGAGAAUACUGAAGGACUUGAGUGAGGAGGAAGAGGAGGAUGAAGACGAGGAUGAAGAUGAUGAGGAAGAAGGAAAGCUGUACUACAGUGAUGACUAUGGGGAGGAUGAGUUUUCAUACUCGGACCAGCCACCUGAUGAUGGUGGAGGCCCUGGGGGUUACAGCUCUGUUCGCUACAGCGAGUACGACUGUUGUGAGCGUGUGGUUAUCAACGUGUCAGGACUGCGGUUUGAGACCCAGCUGAAGACAUUAGCUCAGUUUCCAGAGACACUGUUGGGUGAUCCAGCGAAGCGAGGGAGAUACUUUGACCCUCUCAGGAAUGAAUACUUCUUUGACAGGAACCGGCCCAGCUUUGAUGCCAUCCUGUACUACUACCAGAGUGGCGGUCGGCUGAAGAGGCCAGUCAAUGUACCCUUUGACAUCUUCACUGAGGAGGUGAAAUUCUACCAACUUGGGGAGGAGGCCAUGGUCAAGUUCAGGGAGGAUGAAGGGUUUGUCAAAGAGGAAGAGGUCAAAGCUUUGCCGGAGAAUGAGUUUAAGAGGCAGGUUUGGCUGCUGUUUGAGUACCCAGAAAGCUCCAGUCCAGCCAGAGGCAUCGCCAUUGUCUCUGUCUUGGUCAUCUUGAUCUCCAUCGUCAUCUUUUGUCUGGAGACUUUGCCAGAGUUCAGAGAUGAUAAAGAAUUCAUCAUGUCGCUGAGCGUAGGGAAGGGGCAUUCCAAUGAGUCGCUUCACCUGAAUGCUGGGGAACAUACCAUCUUCAAUGACCCUUUUUUCAUUGUAGAGACAGUAUGCAUCAUUUGGUUCUCCUUUGAGUUUACAGUGCGCUGCUUUGCAUGUCCAAGCAAAGCACACUUCUUCAAGAACAUCAUGAACAUCAUAGAUAUUGUUUCCAUCUUGCCUUACUUCAUUACUCUGGGCACCGACUUGGCACAGGAACAGGGCAGUAAUGGUCAACAGACCAUGUCUUUUGCCAUCCUGAGAAUUAUCCGUCUGGUCAGGGUGUUUCGCAUCUUCAAGCUCUCCAGGCACUCCAAGGGUUUGCAGAUCCUGGGUCAUACACUCAGGGCCAGCAUGAGGGAACUUGGCCUCCUCAUCUUUUUUCUUUUUAUUGGAGUUAUUUUGUUUUCCAGUGCCGUUUACUUUGCAGAAGCUGAUGAGCCUGCCACCCAUUUUCAAAGCAUCCCAGAUGCCUUUUGGUGGGCUGUAGUGACCAUGACUACAGUUGGUUAUGGGGACAUGAAACCCAUAACUGUGGGUGGGAAAAUAGUUGGGUCCCUGUGUGCCAUUGCGGGAGUGUUAACCAUUGCUUUACCAGUGCCAGUGAUUGUCUCCAAUUUUAACUAUUUCUACCACAGAGAGACUGAGAAUGAAGAACAAACGCAGCUGAUGCAAAAUGCAGUCAGUUGCCCUUAUCUCCCAACAAAUUUACUGAAGAAAUUUAGAAGCUCAUCAACUUCAUCCACAGAGGAUAAAUCGGAGUAUUUGGAGAUGGAAGAAGGUGUUAAAGAAUCUCUUUGUGUAAAGGAGAAAAAAAGUCAGGACAUGGGGAAUAGCAGUGAGUCAGAGAAGAAAAACUGUGUAAAUUCAAAUUCUGUGGAAACUGAUGUGUAAUUUUGAACGUUUCCAAAUAUAUUUAUGCAUUAAAAAGUGCAGUGAAAAUAAUGAAAUAUGCAAACAAGAGUCCACAGCAUACAGUAGUAUGCCAUUUAAUGGUUAAAUACAAAUAAAAAGCAUUGUUAAAGUUGUAUUACAUAUCAAGUAAGUGGCAUACCUUGAGGAAGGGAUUGCUCGAUCUGAUACAAUUUCAGACUGUAUUUUUUAUUAGAAUGCAAGUGUUUUGCACAUGAGGCUGAAAAAUUUAUUAAAACCAAGUCAGUUUUAAAGUGGGUGCAUGAACUGUCGAUAUCACUAAUAACAGCUCUGUGGUAAAAGUUGGCAUUCAGAUGUAUUUACUAUGUAAGAAGCAAUGAAGUUUGGUAGUCAUUUAUCUAUUUAUCAGUGCUUUAAUAGCAGCUACCAUAAAUCAUUGGAUACCAUAGUCAUUGUUUUUCAAAUGGUAAAUUUAUUGUAAAAAGAUAUUCUUCAGAAGAUAGAUCUAAAUUUUUUUCUUGCUUGUUUUUAACUGGAAAUUUACUUUGAAAAGGCUGCUGACCCUCCAGAAAUUGUUUAUUUUUAUAACUCUCUUUGGAGGCAUUGCAGCAUUUGUUGUCUAAUAAUGAAAGAAAUGAAGCUGGAGAAUCAUUUAACCUGGUCUGACUGCAAAGGCAAAAUGACUGGAAUGCUUUUUUUGCACUACUUUAUAUGCUGGAGUUAUACUGAAAGAGACUUCAUACUGUGAAUGUUUACUAAUGUAAUAGUUCAAUGACAAUCAUUGGAAGAGUGAAUUCUGCAUCAUAUUUUAUUGUUUCUUUUUUCUUUGUGAUGCUCAUGGCAAAACAGCUAACAUUACAUUAAUUCCAUACUCUUUUUAAUUAUGAAUAUCUGUGAUCACAAAAAGGAUUGUGAAGUAAAAUUUUAUAACCAAAAUUA